AUGACCCGAGCAGCGCCGGGUUUACGCAGCUCCCAGAAGAGAGUUUUUUUGUUCACGGUGUACGGGUUCACGUGAGCAGAGACUGAAAUCCUGGAAAUUCUAAAGCUUCGACCAAAUAUAAAGUAAGAAGAGAAGAAACUGGAAGAAAAGAGGGAGGAGUGAAGAGACGAGGAGACCUUGUGACGAUGCGACGCUUUCGUCACGACCUGACCCUGCUGGGGAGGUCCUUGGUGGUCAUCCUGCUAAUGAAGCUCUCAGGAGACGCUCAAGCUCAGUCAUACACCUUGCUAGGAUGUUUCCAGGACAAUGUCGCAGCACCCGCCUUGCCCAGCGUAACAGGAUCACUCCACUACAUCUUCCCAUACAACGAGACGGAGCUUCUGUCCGGCCCCCAGGAGUGCAACGAUGAGUGCACCAAACUUGGGCAUGAUGCCUUUGGCAUCGACCGCGGACGCUACUGCUUCUGUGGUGCCGCCGCUGCCGUUUCUGCUUUGACGACGACGGGAACUUGCGACGCCCUUUGUGCGGACGGGAGCACUUGUGGAGGUCUCGUGAUGGGACACUUCUCGACGUGGUCAGGUUUCGCCACGAUUGCAUACUUCAACGCCUCACUCACGGGGCUUGUUGAACCCUAUUUCGUCCAGACCACUGACACCGUGACGUUGGAGGUGGUGGGGACCACUGACUUCUCCGUGGACUGGGGGGACGGGGCCCAGAGUGGUGGAAGUGUCACGACUUACAAGUUCACUCUACCUGGCACCUAUCAAAUACAGGUUUGGCCGAUCGCCUCUCCGUCUGUUGUGACGACAUUUGAGGUGACGGUGGUGGAGGUACCUGACUUCAUCGUCACGUGCCCUUCAGUGUACGAACUUAACGUGGCAGCGCCGUGUAAUAUGAGCAACUUGGUUCAGGGGUACAACUUCACGUUCAGCUACAGCAUCGCCUCCCCACUCGAAGCCCUGACCGGAACAGGGCCCAUGCCCGGGUCGGUAUCUCGCGUGUACGGCACGACCGUGGACCCCGGCACCCCGGCAACCACAGGGGCGAGCGCGACGCCGGCCACGAGCUUCGUAUACAACGUCGUGCACGGGCUGGUGGCGGCCGACGGGCUGCUGGUCAAAGUGGAGGCUACCACGGCCAGUGGCGAUGCUGUCUUGGAUAUCAGGGCCCUGACGCCGGCAUGCGCUACAGGGCAGUUCUGUCGAGGCAGCUGCGGCACAGACUGCGUGUCUGCGUGCAGCGGCAGCUGCGGCACAGACUGCGUGUCUGCGUGCAGCGGCAGCAGCUUCUGUCCCGGCAUCAGCGCCUGCUCUUCAGCCUGCCCUCUUACAGCCCCCAGCGGGUAUGAGCUGGUAUCUCUGGGCACCGUGACCGUGCCAGCUACAGGCGGCGUGCCUGCAUCGGUGCUCGUUGAGCCCCCGAUUGCAGUCAAGCAGGGAACCUACAUCGGCUUCGUCAACACCGCCGCCGCACAGUUUGUGACUCAACCGAACUCGGUUUCCGGAGAUCUUCUGGUUGCAGUCUCGGACACGACUCUGGUCACGGCGACCAACGUCAGCCACAGCGUACGUUUUUACGUCGAGGAGCACCCAAACGUGGGAGUGUUGCCGGACUUUAACUGCACUAAGCCCUCAGUCGUGCCUGUGGCAAACGUCCCUACGCCUUAUGACGUCACCACAGAGCAAUACGCCAAUGAAAGUGCCAUCAACAUUUCAAUUUCGGUGACGAGCCCGAUGGGCCCGGUCAAGUCCGACUCCCUGACGGCGCUCUGCCAGGUUCAGAUCCUGCCUCCAACGAACGUCCCUGCCGUCAUCAUGGCCUAUGGCUCCGGCCUCCCCCUCGAUAUAACCUUCACGCAGGGCGCCCCAAUUGUAAUGUUCAUGAACAUCGACGGUGUAAAGUACUACAGCUACCAUGACGAUGCAAGCGUGGGUGGCAGUCACACGUGGUCGCAGCCUCUGCUGUACCCCAUGGAAGGACAGUACACCCUCGUGGGGGAGGCCUUCAAUGCCCUCAACAGAGUGAACUUCACGAGCUUCAUUCGCGUGAUCCCGAACAUCACUGACCUGUGGACUUUGACGGCCGCUUGCCCCUGCUACGACUGGGACUCCGGCUACACAUUGACACUCUCAUGGCCCGCCACUGCGCACCCACCAUGGAACGCUACUAUCAACAUCACCGACGACAUCAUCCUCCGCGAUGGAUCUCAGCUCUCCGAAAUCGUCAAAGCAAACUUCAUCGAAAACUUCGGGACAUUUGACGGAGUGUCACUUCCCGGAGGGGCCAGCGGUGCUGCAGUCCCGCUCACGUGGAGUGGGACGGUCGUGUCGAAGGCAGGCAACCACUCGGUGGUGGCGACUCUUGCCAACGAAGUGUCGGUCACUACGACGCUGCACUCGUACGAGGUGCGAGAAGCCAUACGCAAUGUGUCGGCCAUCAUCAAAUGGGUUCAGGACGGGAAUGAGAUGGAUGGAGUGGGUCCGAACUUCAACAUCUACAUCGUAGACAAGAGGGUCAUCAUCUACCCCACCGCACGAACGGGCGAAGGCGAGUACUGGAGGCUAAGGAUCUUGGAAAACGGCCUGGAAGAAAUUGGCCAGCAGUUCCCGUACGUCAAGUUUUUCUUCAACGUCACCUUCCCUGCCGAGGGCAACUUCACCCUGAUAGUGAGCGGCAACAAUACGGUUCAAGGCUGGAUCGACUCACCGCCCAUCAACAUCACACUUGUCAACAAGAUCGCCAACUUCAGACUCGAGGAUGACCUCACCCUCGCCAAACCGGGUGUGCCGAAGCAAGUGCUUGGCGCAUACGACAUCCUCACUCCCAUCUCCUGCCUGGUGGUGGACUGGGGGGAUAAGUCGCCCGUAGAAACGUAUGGAUUUCCGUCGCGCUGCAACACUACGCACGCCGACGCAAAGUACAUGGGCCCGCUGAAUUCUGCCCCUGUCAAGCUAAUGCACACAUACCAGAAUGAGAGCGUAUACGAGAUCAACGCUCUGGCGUUCGACUUGUACAUGAACCUGCCUUCAGUUCUGGAGAUGGUCGUGGCCGACAUUGACUGCAUGUUCCCGUGGGUGUCGAUCGUGGAUGCGGUCAACUACACCUACUUUGCGCGCAAUUUGUACAGGAUGUUGCCUGUACGAGAGGAAGGAAUGAGCAUCAUAAACUGCAACUCGACCUACACGAUUAGGUAUGAAUGGAACGCAAUACAAGUGGAAGAUAGGACAGAGCAGGUGCUUCAGACCGUGACGCUCAGAGACGUCGUUCCUACUUGGAACAACUCCCUACUUAGCAUCACUCCGUUCACCCUGAGUAUCGGCUACUACAAACUCACCUUCUCCGUCACCAUCGUCACGCGCUUUGACCUCACCCGUACUGCAAAAACUUACGUUCGAAUUAUCAAGAGCCCUCUGAGCCCUGUCAUGGUGAGCGGGUCCCAGACAGCCCUCAGCAGAGGCUUUCAACAGACCCUCAGCCUCGAGCCCGGCAGCCUCAGCUACGAUCCUGACGAUCCGGAUGUCCCUAUUGAGAACGUGACGUGGCACUGCCGCCAAAUCGAACCAAUUCCUGACCCAGCAUUCACUGUUGACGCAAAUAAUGUCACUCUAAUAAACAACUUGCAAACCAUCCCGCCUCGACUUCAAGCCGUUAGCAUGAACAAAAGUUCAGGCUGCUUCGGUAACGGAAGUGGCACAAUCGACGUUGGUGCAACAUCCUACUUGUUCGACAUGGCGACCUUCAGCCAGACGUCAGCCUUCUUCGAGAUGGUCGUGGUCAUCAACAAAGACGAUAGGACGGCAACGGCUGCUCUUGAGAUCGAAGUCACUCCUCUUCCUCGACCUUCUGUAACCAUCACUUGUGCGACCGCGUCUCUGUGCUGGCCGCUGACCAACAUGCAGCUCAUCAACCCAUCCCUGAGACUGGGGCUCAACGGAGCCUGCAUCGAUGAGUGCGGGGACGGCGCUCUUCUCUACACCUGGAGUGUCCUGGACGAGGCCGGCACUCCUCUUCAAGUUUCCAACUGCACUAGCACGACCGCGAACGACGGGUUGGUCAUGUCCAUGGACCCACCCUCGUGUGAAGAAAGCUUUCCCGCCGGAACUGAGAGUUCAUCUCUAGCCAUUGCCGCCAGCGUAUUUGCCAAAAAUCCCACCGUGGAAAGAUACAACGUGCGAUUGACCAUUGUCACUGCAGACGGACGAUCUGGGUAA